AUGAUGCUCCUCUGUCGGUGUACACACAGAUUUGAUGCUACGACGCUUCUCAUACUGCUCACCCUGCUUGGCACGUUGCUGCCAGGUGCAUAUGCAGCCCCUUUGCUGCCGAGGGGUUCUGUGAAUGCUACUGCGAUCUCGGUGCCCAUCGUCGUGCUCUCUGUAUUUAUUUUCGUCGGAGUGCUCGUCGCAUGCGGAGGGAGAGCCUUCCGCAGUCGUAUCGCAUCCUGGUGUGCUGGAGCCGCCUUAGCCACGGGCUCGGUGUUCCCAGUCACAUCACAACCAACGGAGCUGACCGCAGAGCAACUCGCUGGACCAUCACCCAAUGGUGCCAACACCCCAGCGCCUUCUCGUUCCCGCAGGAACCGGCGUGCCCGUCCAAAUUCGGUACGAUCUACCAGGUCUCUCCCGGUGUACAUGAAGGAACCGGGAGACGACGAGCUCGUCAUAUUUCGAGGUCCCGAAGAGCUUGAAGACUCGAAUAUCCAGGCGACGAUCGUCCUGCCGCCGGUAGACGAGCUCAACGAGCACACCCCGGACAAUUCGCUCGACAUCUCACGGUCCCGAUCGCCGAUAUACGUGCCUCUGCCCGAGAGUGCGCCUGAGACGCCUCUUCUCGAGACGCACGACGGAUUGCCUGAGCCAAACGCAGCAACGGAUAAUGUCGACGAGGCGACCCUCGUAGACGAAAGAGGCGAGGCUCCACCGUACGAGGUAGUGCCGAUGGACAGCCCUUCAAGUCUGGACGAGCCGAGAGCGGAUACGCCGUCCACUGUUCACGACGACAGCGCCGCUCCGACGCCAGAGCCAGAUCACGCUGGGCAUGGGCGAACGGCGAGCGGGAGAAUAACCGGUUUGUUCGCUCGCUCGGACGCUGCUAAUAGGGCAGCGCACCAGCGGGAGGGCAGCGGGAGGCGGUUUUCUGGCUUCUUCUCGAGACUGACUGGGGCGGCACACCCUGCAGUGCCGCCGGUGCCGCAGCUCGCGCUGGAGGAGCGGGGACAUUCGCGCGAACUUUCUACUCCGUCCACCCUAUCGGCGACAUCGUCUCGUCCGUCUAUCAGCUCGGCGCAACAACCGACGCACCGUGCCUCGCGCUCCGGUUCGGGGUCGGUGCUCAGUCUCACGUCGUCGAUGUUCCGUGCAACGUCGCACCCGCGCUCGCACUUGGAGGUGGUGACGUCGCCGUCGACGAUCUCGCUGACCUCGAUUUCCGCUCCGCUGACGCACACGGCGAUGCGCACGGAAUUUACGUACCCGAGAGGUGGGCCGACGCCAGAGCAGAUGAAGCUGAUUUCGUCGCGCGAAUCGUUUGCGCGGUUUGGUGUGCCGUACGGGCGUGACGCGAUCGCGUACUCGGCGUCACGGCUCGACCUGAGCAUGCCCCCACCUGUCUUCGAGGAGGAGGCUGCGGGUACCUCAGGGACGGAUUCUGCUGAGGUUGCAUCCGUAAACAGCGCAGAAUCCGCUCCAGCGCCGGCCGAGGCAGCCGAACCCGCUAGCUCAUCUGACGAGCCAGGGCUGACGCAUGCGGAACCCGACGCGGGUCCUUCCUCGGCACCAUCAUCGCCACAAGCGCCGUUGGAAUCCUCAACACAGCUCUCCAGCGCGCCGAAAUUGCUGAAACCGACGCUGCCGCCGUCGUCCUUCAGGCCGGCAGUCACCAACCCCCGCUCGGCAUCCCGCGCGAGCUCGCAGGCCGAGUCGUUUGCGACCGCCGAGGAAUCGUUUCACACCGCGUCGGAGCCUGCGACGCCAGUCAUGCCUUCGGCGACGCUCUCGCUGGACGUGUCGGACGAUCCGCUACAACUUCGCGCGGCCGCGGGCACUGACUCUGAUGCCCUCGCGACCCCCCGUGCGCCCUCACGAAUUGACCACGAACAAAACCCUACAUCUUUCAUACAUUCACCACUGAGCAUGGUACCGUGA